GUUUUUCUGAUUUGAAAUAUGUUUGUGAAAUUAACGACUUUUUCUCAAUUUUAUUUAUGUUGUAUCGAGAUAUUUAGAAUUUAGGUUAGGCCCCAUUUGAAUGGACUGUUUUUGAAUAGAUUUUGUGAUUUUUUUCUUAAUUUGGAUUUAUUGGAACGAGUUUGCAAAAGAUUUGAUUUUUUCUUGAUUCUUGAUAGUGUUAGGCUUUUUAUUUAUUUAUUUACUUUAUAUUCAUCAAGUGAAAGUACAAACCUCUUUGUUCUCUCUAUGUAUAUAUAUAUAUAUACAUACAACACUUCUUGGACUUGUUCUUUCUUUUCUUCUUCUUCGCAAGCGAAAUUUCAGUUCUUGAAACUUGCAUUCCAGAACAGAAGAAAGAAAUUAAAGAAAGGUUGCUUGUACUUUACUGAAGCUGAAAAUGGGUUGGAAAAGUUAUCAGAAACUCAUUCAUCAGUGGAGAAUUCUCAGAGGUGAUAAUGUCAUGAUUAUCAGAGGAAAAGAUAAAGGCGAGACUGGUACCAUUAAGCGUGUCAUACGUUCCCAAAACCGUGUAAUCGUUGAGGGCAAAAACCUGGUCAAGAAACAUAUUAAACAAGGGCAAGGCCAUGAAGGUGGAAUAUUUACAGUUGAAGCCCCGCUGCAUGUAUCCAAUGUUCAGGUUGUAGAUCCAGUCACAGGGAAACCAACAAAGGUCGGAAUUAGAUACCUAGAGGAUGGCUCUAAAGUAAGAGUCUCAAGAGGUAUAGGAGCGUCAGGUUCUAUUAUUCCCCGGCCCGAGAUCUUAAAAAUAAGGACCACAAUAAGGCCUACAAUUGCUGGUCCCAAGGAUACUCCAAUGGAGGUGGUCAUGGAGAGAACAUAUGAUCCAAAAACAGGAAAAGGCAUGCCAGAUCUCUGAUGAAUUUAUACAUCUCAAUGUGAUGAAGAUGCUUGUUACCUGCAUUACUUUUGUGAAAGCUGGCAUAAUAUGGUUAUUUGUUUCAGUCAGAAUCUCAAUGUACACUGUUUGGCUUUAGACCAAGUCAAUUUGCACCGAGACUUCUCCCAUUCUUUUUUUUUUUUUUUCAAAACUUAAACGAGUCAUCUGGGGAUUCUUCAAUUGAAAAAUUGAUAGGAUGUUCACAAACCCGAUUGGUUUUAACAGAUAAAUAUCUCAACCACGAGAAUUAUGGUGUA